CAACACAACCCCAUAACUAGUUGGGUCCCCAAACUUAUCUUGAACCAGUAGUGCAGUGUUUGGAAGUCUCUUCAAUCACUUCCUCAUUCUAUAAAUAACUCAAAAACCAUUCAAUCAAAUCAAAGAAGGCUAGUAUGGUUUCUCAACUUCUAAGCUGAAGUUUGGUUUCAUCACCUGCUUCUCUCUCCUUGAUAUUGUUGGGUUCCUUCAAAGUGGGCAAAAGGGUCUCAAUGUUGGCACUUUCUUUUUGUAGAGCGGUAUUUUUGGGAUUUUGGUUUUUUUUACUAUUGGCUGUGACAACCUGCUAUGGUGACAAUGAGACAGCAGAGGUGAUUGGAAUUGUAGAAUGUGCAGAUUGCACACGGAAGAAUUUCAGCCAGACCUUUUCAGGGCUUCAUGUCACCAUUGAUUGCAAGUCUACAAAUGGAAAGCUCAAAACAGCUGGGGUUAGUGAACUUGAUGAAGAAGGAAAAUUCACAGUAUCUCUUCCUAAUGGGAUUGCAAAAAAUGGAGAAUUGAAAGAGGAUUGCUUUGCACAGCUUCACAGCGCAACUGGCGCGCUAUGUGCUCUCCACAACGAUCAAGAGGCCUCAAAUAUAAUCUUCAAGUCCGUAGCCAAUGGGAAACAAACCUUUGGCCUAUCUGGGAAGCUACAAUUUUCUCCGACGACCUGUGUUUCAGCCUUCUUGUGGCCUUUUUUCAAGCACCCACCAUUGCCCCAUUUGCCUCAUUGGCCAAAGUUGCCACAUUGGCCACCAAUUGAAUAUCCUCCACCCCAACCAGAGGGCUCGCCACCAGCUCCUGUUUACAAUAAGCCACUUUCUCCACCACCACCUCCUCCAUCACCAUCACCACCACCCCCUUACAUUUACAAAUCUCCGCCUCCACCGUCUCCAUCACCCCCUCCACCAUAUUAUUACAAAUCUCCUCCACCACCUUCUCCCUCUCCUCCUCCGCCUUAUUACUACAUGUCACCACCACCACCAUUGCCAUCACCUCCACCACCCUACUAUUUUAAGUCACCACCUCCACCAUCUCCAUCUCCAUCACCAACACCACCAUACUAUUACAAAUCGCCACCUCCACCAUCUCCUUCUCCACCACCUCCUUAUUACUACAAAUCACCACCACCCCCAGUGAAGUCACCACCUCCUCCAUACAUCUACAAAUCCCCACCUCCACCAGUGAAGUCACCACCACCACCACCACCACCCUACUAUUACAAAUCACCACCUCCACCUCCACCUCCACCUCCAUACUAUUACAAAUCGCCACCUCCACCUCUUAUACCAACAUACAAACCAAAUCCCCCAAUCAACAAGCCUACACCACCAAUCCAAGAGAAACUUCCACCACCGCCAACGACACGUACGCCAAUUCCUAAAGCUCCUCCAAUCCCUAACCUUCCUCCUAUCCCAACGAGACCUCGAAAGUAUUUCAACCAACCUCCCCAACCACAUCAACCAUUAAUGCUUAGGAGUACUUUGCAUUUUUCUUAGUUUAUUUGGAUAUUGUUGAACCUUAAGCUUCAAUAAAAUAUGUUGAAUGAUUUAGCAAUGCUAUUCUGUAUUGAAGAUUGAAGAGAAAUGAACUAGAAAAAUACAUGGGUGGGUUUGGUUAUUCUUAAUUGCAAAAUAAAUUGAACAUGAGAAUGCACAUAAGUUGUUCUUGGCAUGUCUUCAUAUCCAAAUUGUUGUUGAUGUUUGGAGGGAUUGAGUUUUGAUGUUGUAACCGAGUGUGCAAUUAUGUAUUAUCAAUCAAAAUUUUGCUACCUUUCA